AUGACAUUUUGCGGCGCUACAGCCAGAGGCAAAAACUACGGCGCGAUUUCAUGCGAAUCGUGUAAAACAAUAUUUCGUAGAAAUGCCCACAAAUACGAGACAUUGAACUGUAUUUAUGACAACAACUGUACAAUAGAUGUGUCGCGACGUAAGUAUUGCCGCAAAUGUCGUCUCCGGAAGUGUUUUGCGGUCGGAAUGAGAAGAGAGAGGAUAUGGACUGAAAACGAGACGAGUUUGAGAUCAAGUCUUAUACAGAAAAACAGAUUAAAGAAACAAAUGGCGCCAAAAAUACAGAAUGUGGUCAAUUCAUACGUUAAGAAUGCUAAUUACAAUAUGACUCGUAUUGAGUAUAAUGAUCAUGAUAAUUCUACCGAUCUAGAUCACCCCAACACUAUUAGCCUAACAAUUAGACGGCCUUUGAAUGCAAACAAUUUGUAUUCGUUGCCAACGAUUACAUCCGACUAUCAAUUGGAUGUAAUCAACAAAUUCAGCAAAAAUACUGUCUCACAGACUGUCGGCCGACAAUUGUUGGCCAUAUUUCUCGAGCAAAUUGUGCGCAAAAAUGUAAACGUUGUUAAAUGUAUCGACGCGUUUGCCUGUCUGACUGAGCAUGAUCAAAUAAUUCUCGUUAAGUACGGCAUGAUUGAAAUGUGCAUGUUACUAUCGGCUCUGUAUUUGGAAAUUCAAAUUCCAUACCCAUUCAAAUUCAAUAAAUCAUUGUUUGGCGCAUUAAAACAGUGUAAUAUUCAUGAUUGCAAACGUGGUAUAUUUGACACCACCGUUGAUAAUAAAUGGGAAUAUGAUAGAAACGUGGUCAAUUUGAUGGGAGCUAUUUUGGAACUUAACCCGAAUCGUCCGCAUCUGAUCCAUAGGGAUGUGAUUGAGUUUCAACAACACGUUUACAAACAUUUGCUCCGAAAGUAUCUCUACUUUAAAUACCGAUCGGAAUACGAGUCGAGCCAUAAGUUUCAGAAACUAAUGCAUUGUUUAAAUAAUUUGAAUUUAAUGAGCGAUUUGUUUGCAAAAGCCUUGCUAUCGGCCGAUACUAACCAUAGGAUGCCUUUAAUGAACGAGAUUUGUAUUUGUGGAGACAAAGCGAGAGGAAAUAAUUACAACGUGUUAUCAUGCGAUCCGUGUAAAUGUGUCUUUAAACGAAAUGCACACAAAUACGAGUCAUUGCUCUGUAUUUAUGACAACAACUGUGCAAUAGAUGUGUUGAGCCGUAAGUUUUGCCGCAAAUGUCGUCUCCGAAAGUGUUUUGCAAUCGGAAUGAGAAAAGAGAUGAUAUUGUCUGAAGACGAGAAAACAUUGAGGUUGGAUCUGAUCCAAGAAAACAGACGCAACAGACAGUCCACUGCCGAUACACAGCUGCGGACGAGUCAAUCAACCACUCCUGAGACCAAUGAUAUUAAUACCGUAUUGACUGACAAUAAGCAAAAACAUAGUGAAAAUGAUUACAGCAUAAUCUCACUUUCCAUUGAGCGACCGAUCGCUAAUUAUCUAUACAUUUAUUUUAAUGAUAUGGAGACUAAACGAUUGAGUGAAUGGUUUAACGCGAUUAACAGCUAUUCGUUGCCAACGAUUACAUCCGACUAUCAAUUGGAUGUAAUCAACAAAUUCAGCAAAAAUACUGUCUCACAGACUGUCGGCCGACAAUUAUUAGCUAUAUAUUUAGAGUUAAUUGCCCGCAAAAUGGUCAAGGACCAGCUCGGUGUAUAA